AUGGGUAAUAAUCUUAACCUGAGAUUCGAGAAUGCCAAAAAAACUGGAUCCCUGCAACUAAGCAGCUUAAAAUUAAAGAAGACACCAGAUGAUGUAAAGAAGUUAACGAACUUGAGGAUUCUUGAUCUCUCAGAUAAUUUAUUGACUUUUUUGGAACCCUGGAUUGGUCUUUUAACAAACAUAAAGGUAUUAAACAUCGCUCACAACAAAUUAGAUUACUUGCCUGAGGAAUUGUCACAUUUACGCAAAUUAGAAACACUCAUUGCGUCACACAAUAAAUUAAUAUCUUUGUUUAACUCUCAAAAUUCAGUCAACUUGAGUUCUUUACUGCAUUUACGAAAAGUUGAUCUCUCGAACAAUCAACUUACUGAGUUUCCUCUUGAACUAUGUUCCAGUGGGAUCCAUCUUGAUAUUGUGAAUCUCUCGAAAAACAAAAUUUCCCUUAUUCCUGACGCCGCCAGCUCUCUCCAGGUUAUAGAACUAGAUAUUUCCGAAAAUAAAGUCACUACCAUUUCGGAAUCAUUAGCCAGAUGUUCUAGUUUGAAAAUUCUCCGGCUGGCUCAUAACAAAAUCCAGCAGGGAGAAUUCCCAUUGGCCCUUCUCGAAAGUUCUAACAUUUCUCUCUUAUCCAUUGAAGGAAACCCUAUUUCUCUCAAAUAUCUGCAAGAAUUACCAGCUUAUGCGAAGUACAUGGAACGAUAUACUGCUACGAAAAGGAAGGGAAUGCCGUAG